AUGUCUAAAAAUCGUGAACCAGAAAUUGCUCCGGAAUCCGACACUGAAGAAGACGACACUUCAUCUGAAGAAAUCGGUUCCUCCGAAUCCGACUCUGAACAGGAGGAACCCCAACCUCAAAUUGCCAAAAAGCCCUCUACUGCACCCGCCCCUAUGAAACCCAAUUUAUCCUCUUCCUCAAAACCUCAUCUUUCCUCUUCAGAAGAGUCCGAAUCUGAAACCGGAUCUGAAUCGGAGUCGGACCAACCCGACCCAGCUGUCAAGCCCCUUGCCUCCAAGUCCAUGGAGGACCCACAGAAAACCGCUACUAGAAAGCUCAAGUUCGGGCCCAGUGAUUCCGGACCGACAUCUCCGACCAAGUCCGUCGCCGCAAAACGCCCUGCUAUGGAGAAGGGGAGUGAUGCUAAGGAUUCUAAAAGGCCAAAGAAAAAACCAGAGAUCAACGCCGAAAAUUCUGAGAAAAAAUCGAACGAUGAUUCCAAGAAACAGCUAUUCCAGAGACUUUGGAGUGAGGAUGAUGAGAUUGUGGUUCUUAAAGGCAUGCUUGAUUACAUUGAGAAGAAAAAGACUGAUCAUGUUGCUGAUCUGAAUGCAUUUCAUGAUUUUAUUAGGAAAAAUUUGCAUGUUGACGUGACUAGGGCUCAAUUGCAAGCUAAAAUUCGGAGGUUGAAGAAGAAGUACGUCAAUAAUAAAAGUAAAGAGAAGACGGGUAAAGAGAGGACCUUUACAAAGUCCCACGAGCAAAAAGCUUAUGAAUUGUCCAAAAAGAUAUGGGGCAAUGUGAAUGGUGAUGAUAAUGAGGGUGAGAAAGUGAUAGCGAGUCCAAAGGAAAAGGGCAGUGCUGUAAGGAAAUCUCCAAGUAAGAGAGCUAUGGUCGAAACUGGGGAUUCAAAGGAAACUAAAUUUGUGGAGAAUGUGAAUGCUGAUGCAGAGAUGGUGGCGGGAAAGAGUGUGAGGUUCCACUGUGGGAAUUUUGAGGAUUGGAUUUUGAGGACUGGGGUGGAAUUGAUUGAAGAGGAGAAGAGGGUUGAGACGGAAAGAGAGUGGAAAAAGCUGAGAGUGGAGGAGACUGCACUCUACCUGAAGAAGCUGGACUUCAUUCACACGCGUAUAAAGCAAGUUUUAGAUGUUUUGAAGUCGUCAGAGCCGUGA